GUAGGGUGGCCCGGAAGACUGGGAGCCCCGAUUCCCCGUCAGUCAGUUCUGGAGCACGAUGGAGUGCAGAGCUGUUCCCGUUCUUCCCACCUACUCGCAAGCCUGUGGCUCCACCCCUCUUCCUCGAAAGCAAUCCCUGUGCCGGACUCUCUUCGACUACGGACCUCUUAACGAUCCAGUGAUUAUCCUCAUCACACUAGCCGUGGUCGUUGGAUCCUUUUGCCUGCUUAGUGGCUUUAUCCUGCUCUGUAUGGUGUCGAAGGCGUGGCAGGAUGAGACCUCCGAAGCAAUACUGCUUAUGGCUAUAGGAUUUUUCAUAACUGCCCUGUCGUGUGUCUCCUGGAAAUUGACGCGGGUCCAGAGAAUCGCCCAAAUGGUAGAGGACCAACUGGCUUAAACUAUACAAAAUUUGUACAAAUCA